CCAUAUUGAUCAUAUAAAACAUGAUCAAUUUUUACAUAUAAGUUAGUGUAUUAGUGUAUUCAAUACACAAACCGAAGUAAACAAAACAAGGAAAGAGAAUGGGACUAGGAGAAGGUAGUGGUUGUAGGCCCAGGGCCAGGGCCAAGAAAGAUAGGAAAUAUAUCCCGGCAAUGCCCAUGCCCCUGGCAGUAAUAUGUUGUAUAUUAAAUUUUCUAGUUCCAGGUAUAGGUACAAUUAUAGCUGGUUUUUGUGUGUGUUGUUGUGCUAGAAAUGAAGAUAUGACGUGUUGUGACAAGUUCUGUAGUUCCUUUCUAAGUGUUUUGUUUGGACUUUUACAAAUUAUACUCGCACCAGUACUUUUUGUUGGAUGGGUAUGGAGUUGUUUUUGGGGAGUUUCUUUCAUUGGAAUGUCAAAGGAAUACUAUCAUGAUAAUAAACCAUUUGAUGAUGCACAACCAAAUACCGUAGUGACCAGUCAACCUGGUGCAAAUCCCAAUCUUGGUCAGUGGAGUUCACCGCCUGGAGGACCAUACGGUGGACAGCCUGGUCCAAGUCAAGGAUAUUAUCCACAAGGGGGUCAAUAUCCUGGACAGACUGGCCCAGGACCCGGAUACUUUUCAGGAGGACAUACAGGGUAUCCACAAGGACAAUCUAAUCAAUCACCUAUUGCUCCUUCUGCACCUCCGGCGGAAGACAACUCGGGAUAUCCACAUCCGGGAUAUCAUGAGCCACCACCAGGAUAUCAUGAACCACCACCAGGGUACCAUGAGUCACCACCUCCUUAUGAUGUCAAUGAUCCACAUCCAAAGAAAUAAUGAUCAAAU